AUGACUGUUAGACAUUCCCUGGAGCAGUACGCCCUGCGGCCUCUGGCGCUCAUCGGGAUGAUCUUUAUUGGUGCGCUAGCCUUCUUCUGCCGCCUCAUGUCUGUCAUCCGGUAUGAAACUGUAAUUCAUGAAUUUGAUCCAUAUUUCCAAUACAAAUCCACACUCUACCUUAACGAGAAGGGUACCACGGCCUUUCAGGGGUGGCUGGACACUGAUACAUGGUAUCCCCUGUCUCGCUCAAUGCCCAUUUCACUCUACCCCGGACUCAUGUACACUGCCGAAGCUUUUCUACGCCUGUGCAGGGCAAUAGUGUACACCCCCAUUUCUGUUCUUCAAGCUAGUGUGUUCAUGGGCCCUGUGAUGUCUGUAGUUGGCUCAAUCUUUAGCUUCGAUAUUGGGUAUAUUAUUGAUGAAUCCCCCAGCACCCAGGUCAUGACCGGCCUCUUGACAGCGUUAUUCUUUAGCAUAAUCCCCGGGUUCAUUCAAAGAUCGGUUGCAGGGAGCUAUGACAACGAGUCGUCUUCCAUAACCGCCAUGAUGGUCAUCUUUGACAUAUGGCUCCGGGCUUGCACUGCAAAACAAGGGAACAUUGUGCUUCCGUUCCUCGCUGCACUUGCAUAUUUCUAUAUGGCUGUCUCCUGGGGCGGCUAUGUCUUCUUGACCGUCCUUAUACCUCUUCACGUGUUUCUGGGGGUAUUAUCGGGAAUAGCGACACCUCAAACCCUUCUUGCAUUCAAAGUCUGGCAAACAGUCGGCCUGCUCUCUAUUGGUUUGAUCUGGCGCGAGUACUCCGGCACAUUCUCUUCACCAGUGUAUCUACCCGGUAUAGGCGUGUUCUUUCUUGUUAUCUUGUCAGAGUACCGCCAGGUUCUCAAGUCAAAACUGCCAGCAGACACAUACAGCGCUCUAAAGAAACAGGUAGCGGUCUAUCUCUGCAUCUUGGGAGCCCUAAUAACCCCGCUCCUCAUUAGAAUGGGUCUGAUCGGAAAGCUUUCUGGUCGCCUUCUUUCCUUCAUCAACCCUACCUAUGCGAAAAGAUUCAACCCCAUAGUUGCAUCAGUGGCAGAACACCAACCAACUGUCUGGUCAUCUUUUUAUUUUAACACAGGGUUUCUGAUUGUUACGGUUCCUGUGGCACUCUAUUUUUGCAUUCUUGUCAAUCGAACUGUCCCUACUUUGUUCCUUGCAGCGUACAUUGCCACAACCAUUUGGUUUUCAGCCGUUAUGGCCAGGAUGAUCCUUAUUUCAUCCCCUGCCGUUUCUGUGUGCGCUGCGUAUACGAUAAGCAAGGCUUUUGAAACUAUUGUCAACAUGCCUGGCAAACAGAGAUUGAGGCGUUCUAGUUCCCAAGAUAGAUCUAAGGCAAGAGACAAAGACGUUGAAAGCAAGUGGGGGUCACAUUCAGGAGCUGUGAAGAAACUCGUUUCUGUGACUGUGGCAAUAUUAUUGACAUUGGUGUUUAUAGUUGCAUUCAUCAAGCACUCUCUCUUCUGCGCAAAAGAGGUCUAUUCAUCCCCGUCAAUUGUUCUCAUCUCUUCUCAGCGUCGAGAGAACGGUAAGGCUGCAUAUAUAGACGACUUUCGCGAGGCAUAUGCAUGGCUGGAGCACAACACCCAUCCAACCGCAAAGGUUGCAUCGUGGUGGGACUACGGCUAUCAGAUAAACCAAAUUGGCAACAAGACCACGCUGGCUGAUGGCCUUACGCGCUCCACCUAUUGGAUAGGGCUGAUAGGGGCAGCUCUGGCGUCUGACGAAGCAACUGCUUGGCGCAUUUGUCGAGAGUUGAAUAUCGAUUACAUGCUAAUUUUAUAUGGUGGCAUGUCUGGCUAUUCCGGUGACGACCUCAACAAAUUCAUAUGGCCGAUCCGAAUUUCUGGUAAUCGCCAUUUUGAAGAAACCUAUCCGUGGAUUGCACCUAUUCACGAGCACAACUACUACGCAAAUGGAGAAUACCGCACAGACCAUGCCGCGUCCAGCACAAUGCUAAAGAGUCUGUUGCUCAAGCUGUCGUAUCACAACGCCCACCAGUUGGGUAUGCCAAUCGAUAGAGCCAGGAAUGCACAAUUUACACCGUCAACGUUGCAACACUUCGAGGAAGUGUUCUCUUCUCAGCAUUUUAUAGUAAGAAUAUAUAAGGUAAAGGAUUCGCUGAACUUUUGA